AUGGGCUGUGUCUGCAUGAAGCAGCGGCGUCAAUGUGACAAUGCAGAUGUUCUUGCUGCUCAAACAUGUUUUGAGAUAACUGAUAUUAAAACUCUGUAUGAGUUGUUCAGGAAGCUAAGCAAUUCUAUAGUUGAUGAUGGGCUUAUAAGCAAAGAAGAGUUUCAGCUAGGUUUAUUCAGGAACAGCAAAAAACAAAGUCUCUUUGCAGAUAGGAUCUUCUAUAUGUUUGACUCGAAACAUGACGGGGUAAUAGAAUUUGAAGAGUUUAUUCGAUGUCUAAGUGUGUUCCACCCAGAAGCACCCCAAGCAGAAAAAGCUGCAUUUGCAUUUCAGUUAUACGAUAUAUGGCAGACGGGCUUCAUCGAACGUGAAGAGGUGAAAGAGAUGAUUUUGGCGCUUCUGAAGGAGUCAGACUUGAUCCUCUCUGAUGACAUUGUGGAAGCCAUUAUUGAUAAGACAUUUGAGGAAGCAGAUUUAAAUGGAGAUGGAAAGAUUGAUCUGGAAGAGUGGAGGGAACUCGUGGAUCGAAAUCCGUCCUUAUUGAAGAACAUGACAGUUCCAUACCUGAAGGAUAUCACAAGUGCUUUUCCUAGUUUUGUGCUGAGACGAGACAUUGAAGAUGAAACUAGCAACUACCUCUAA